AUGUUAACAUUUUUUGUCAUCACUACUCAUAGUGAAGUGUACACCUUUGUAAGAUCCAUAUAUCGACCGAUACGUUUAGACUAUAUUUACGAUUGUAGCGUGAAAUAUGCGACGGGGCGAUAUUCAAUCGCGUUACCAACGGAACGGAACGAGGCGGAAGUUAAGGGUUUCGAAAUGAAGUUUGGAAAACGAGCCGGCACUGGUCUCGCUUCUUUGUCCUUGCCAGUUGUGUCGGCUGACUCUAUUCUUAUAUUAUUGUGCCGCAACACCGAGGCGGAUAUCAUUGAAAUUUGUGAGAGAACACCUCUGCGAGACAUUCGAGUUUCAUUACCAGGAGUUAUAAAACUUAUGGAAAUUUUAUACUCGAGAAAAGAUAUCGACUCAAGUCAACUCGGAUUUAAUUUCCACUUCGAAAUAUCUGCUGGUAUCAUGUAAUUUCUCAGACAGAGCAACACGAGUGUGCAGCUUCGUCUACCGACUACCGUUACCCGUCGAAAACAAUCCACAAAAGUAUAGCACGGUAAAAUUCAUUGUGCUCGGAGGCGUGAGCUAAGCGAACGUGGUUUUACUUUUACCGUCACGGCAGAGAUGCGAAGUAAUCUUCGAUCGAAGAAAUUCUCUGCGAGCCCGGAUUCGUCCGUAUGACGAUACUGUACGGGGUUUCUUCCUCGUUUCUUUUCAUCGUUGGUCGCUUUCCUCGCGUGUGUAUACUUGUCCCGCUUCCUUGCUCGCAACGAGCAAGGCUCGAGCAUCAGCAUGGUUCCGUUAUCCGUGGUAAAUACACGUCGGGUA